CUGGCUAAACGCGCCCAACAGCAUUGGGAUUCCGGCUUGUUUUCCGACUGUCACUACCAUUCCAAGCAAUUGGUUCAGGCGAAGGCAACAGAGCUUCUCUACACGAUCAAGGUCGACGGGGACAAGCUAACUCCACCACAUCAACAGGGAGAAUCUCACGAUUUCCUAAUGUGGCGUGUUAACCGACUGCUUCCCGGUGAUGGGAAGGGGUGUGGAACAGCGGUUGGGGUGGGGCAGAAGAGUGACACCUACGGUAAGUCCAAGCACAAAGUGAUGAUCACCCCGGGGGGGUUGGCGACCUGUUCCGUAGAAACGGCCAAACAUCGCUGCUUUGCGACUGAGCUUUUAAGUCAAACACUGGUUGAGUAUUCAAACUCAUGUAAAUCCGUGACACUUACAACUAACACUACUGCCAUGCCACAUAGGCCGUCGCGUGGUGUCACUAACCAGCUCGCCCUACCCACUGCAUACAUCAGGGCGGGUAAGUGA